AUGGCAACCCGCCGCAUCAUCAACAGCGAAAAGACCAUCCUCGAAAAAGACGACCAGACCGAAGAGUCCAACAUAUCCCCCGCCGUCCCCAGUUCCCCCUUCCUUCCUCCCUUGAUAAACAGAGAUGUCAUUGUCAAGCUUCUCGGCUUCACAUUCGCCAUGAUUGUGGCCCCCAUAGGCUCGUACUUUCUGACCGUCCACACCAUUUUCAAAGGUCAGCGUCUCUCGCGUGCAGCCACGGCCUCGGGGGGCCUGGCCGCUCUUCUGGCCAACGUGGUGCUUAUAACCUACAUUAUCGUGGCAAUGAAGGAGGACGAUUCCGCCAGACCGAAGCCAGAGACGAAAAAGGACCAAUAG